AUGGAGGCGCGAUUCGCGCGGCGCGUCGACGACGCGCUCGGCGCGCGGCUCGCGUCGCGCGGGUACGCGUGCGUCGAUGACUUUCUCGAGCGGGACACCGCGGACGCGAUGCGCCGCGAGCUCGAACGACUCGCGGACGCGCGCGAUGCGAACGAGACGGGGCGGGGAGGCGGGCGAAAGUAUUUACGACCGAAUCGCACCAAGUUCGGGGACGAACACUUGUUCGGGAAACCGAACAUUUACGAGUGCGACAUGCACGACGACGGGACGCUGGCGGAGACGAAGCGCGACGCGGCGUACGCGACGAUUUGGGAAUUCUUUCGCGCGACGGAGCGAGGCAUGGCGGAUGCGUUUCGAAGGGUGAUUCCAGAGAUCGCGCUGCGCGACGGUCCGGACUCGCGCACGGUGAAAUUGCAAGUGAACGAAGGACGCGGCGCGUGCUUCCCGUGGCACUACGACAACCCGGGCGCGCCGUCGAAUCGAGCGUUGACGUGUAUAUUAUAUCUCAAUCCCGAUUGGAAGCCGGGCGACGGGGGUGAAUUACGUCUUCAACCGUUUUGCGGCGUCGCGGCGACGAUUCAGCCGAAACAUAACCGAUUAGCCAUAUUUUUUAGCGACCGAACGCUGCAUCGAGUGACGCCGUCGACGGCGGCGAAAAGGUACGCCGUCACGGUUUGGCUCGACGCAGAUUUCGUCGACCCGCGCACGGGGGCAUCGACGAACGCGUCGGAGUUAAAUCUGAACGCACGAGAGGCGCUGAGUGAUAUAGCGAAGACGGCGAAAGAGUUGGCGCGAGGGAACGCGCAGCGCGCCUUGUCUCGCGCCGUGUACGCAGACGAGUACGAAGCCUCGCUCGUGGAGUGCAUGGGAAACGCGCGCGGGGCGGACGAGAUGCUCCAGGCGCACUACGAACACUGUAGAUCAGUGAAAAAGAACCACGCGUUGAAGACGCUCGUGGAUGCGCUGCGCGAUUAUCGUCGAGAAGUCGAAGCGAGCGCCGCCGAAGUCGAGCUUUAG